GACUCUUAAUCACGUCAUUUGAAGUUUAGGCGUAUUAGCAGGAAACAGGUUUUCCUCUUGGAUUGUUGCAAUGUGAACAUCUUUUUUGACUUCUCCUUUUGCUAAAUGCACCCCAAAGUGCUCGCGGCGCAGCGGCUGACUGCAAGGAUCACACGAUGUCCCCUCGUCGGAAAGUUGGUCUUCUAGCUUGGAUUCUGUCUCUUCUCGCAUUGAUGAGCACAUCUGCCGGAGGGCUGCAGCUGCAGCAAAAGUACACGCUGCCUAAAAUGACCAACAACUUUGAAGUGGACACUGUCUCCAGGAAAGUAUACGUAGCGGCGGUGAACAGCAUCUAUCAGCUGAACAGCGACCUGACCCUGGAGGUAGAGCAAAUGACCGGACCGGUGGAAGAUAACCGACUGUGCCAUGCUCCGGAGUUACCCCAAGCCUCUUGCGACCAUCCGAAAGUGCCAACCGACAAUCACAACAAGCUGCUUGCCCUGGACCGUGGCCAGGGGGUCGCAGUGGUUUGUGGCUCCGUUUAUCAGGGAUUCUGUGAGCUACGGAACCUGGACAACAUUUCGCAGAUCGCCGUGAAAUUCCCUCCUAAGGAGAACAACAGCGUGACCGUGUUCCCCAGCAUGCUGAACAUUGCUGCCAAUCACCCUAACGCCUCCACGGUGGGCUUGAUCCUCAGGACAGGUGGCACCACAAGGCUACUGGUGGGUGCCACCUAUACAGGAGUGGGAACUCCGUACUUUCCCAAAAACCACAGCAAGGAGGAUCUGAGGUUCGAAAACACCCCAGAAAUCGCUAUCAGGUCCCUCAACAUUCACGACUUGCCCCGUCUUUUCACCUACGAUAUCAACCCUUCAGAGGAGAACGUGUUUAAAAUAAAGCAGGAGAAGAAGCAAAUGAACAAACUGAGCUUCGUGCGCGCCUUCAUUCAAAAGACUUACACAUAUAUCGUCAUGAACAACGAUGCCAAUUUAAGCGACAAGGAGAGUCAGCCUAACAGUGUCCUCGCCAGGAUAUGCCUGGAUACAGAGAACCCCCGCAAAUCUGCACCUGAGAGUAAAAAGCUAACCGAAUCCUACAUCCAGAUGGGCCUCCAGUGCGGCUAUAGCGGCAACGUCUACAACCGGGUGGUCUCGGUUUUCUCCGGUAGGAUCUAUCUGGACGGAGCGCCCGAAAUGCAGGAUGUCUUGUUUGGCGUCUUUGAGAAAGGAAACAAAAAGUCGGCCGUCUGUGUUUUUAGGUUUGCUGAUAUUGAGAAGUCCAUCCGUGAUGCCCGGCAAAAGUGUUUAAACACGAAUUCAAUGGAUGUUACCGUAUUGGACAGUGUCAUACAAGGGACAGGGGCUGGCUGCAGCAAAAACAUCAACAUUGUGUUGCAACAGGAGCAUCUGGACUGUGGAGCUGCUCACCUCCAGCAUCCUCUGGAAAUCCGCACACCUUUGAAUGUGGCACCAGUGUUUGAAGCCUCAGGUCUCACCUCUGUGGCAGUAUCUGUUGUCAACAACUACACAGUGAUGUUUCUGGGCACUGCCAGUGGGAAAUUACGAAAGCUCACCCUGCUCAGAAACUUAACUGUUGGAAGUCAGAAAUUCCUGCGUGUGGCCCCUGGAGAGUCUGUUCAUCACAUUAUGACUUUUGACCCCUCAGACAGUAACUACCUCUACCUAAUGACAUCCUAUCAGAUUAUGCGGGUGAAAGUGGCGCGGUGCGAUCAGUUCACAACUUGCCGUGAUUGCCUGGAGGCAACUGAUCCGCACUGUGGAUGGUGCACUCUGGAAAACAGGUGUUCCCUGCAAAAGGAAUGCAGGAACUGGAACCAACCCAAUUACUGGAUCAGCCUGAGUGACGGAAUACAGUCUUGUCCAUCUAUGGAAAUAAUUCCUGAAAGGUUACAUUUUUCGCACAACACGCCUAAUAUUGGGAUUCUGAUCGAUGGUAGUAUCCCUGACCUUAAAGAUACAAGUGUGUGUUGUGACUUUGGGAAUAAGGCUUCCACUCCAGUUGUAAAAUACAACAUGACAAAGAUCUAUACAUGUCCUUUGCUACCAAAAGAAAAGUAUCCAGCUUUCCCUCCUGGUCAAGAUCAUAUUACCAUUAGCACUUCAAUCAGAGCUAAUGGCACAGGCAUCGUCUGGGGCAAUUUCACCAUCUAUGAUUGUGAGAGAACUGGCAACAUCGAUCCGAAAAGAGCAUGUUAUCACUGUCUUGACGCAAAAUGGAAAUGUUACUGGGAUGUGAAAAGAUUUGCCUGUGUUUCAAAUAAUUCUGAUUCUAAGAAUCAGUUCUUAAUUGAGGAGGCAAAUUCCUGUCCACAGCUUUCACCUACUAAAAUCUCUCCGGCUGCAACUGGAAACACUCUGGACAUUAUCAUUCACUUGACCAAUGCAGCAUACUUACAGGAGAAGUCUCUAGAAUGUGACUUUGGAGGGGGACGCACUUAUGAUGCAAGAUGGAUCGACAUGUCCAGUAUUAUCUGCUCAGGUGUAACGCUUUAUACAGCCGAAAUCAGCCAGCAUAUCCCAGUUCAUGUGCGGCUCAAGGAAAACCCAGAAAAAUACAUUGACAAUCUGGGACCAUUGACUGUGGAGAUAUACAAUUGUGCUUCUGGCAGCUCAGACUGUUCCAAGUGUUGGGGGCGACAAGACCUCGAGCACAACUGCGUCUGGUGUGAGAACAGCUGCAGGCCAAGGAGCGACUGCAAGUCCAUCCAAGACACUUGCUCGCCUCCGGAGAUACGUAAGAUUCUGCCCUUAAAUGGCCCACUGGAAGGAGGAACUCUGGUGACAAUACAAGGAAGGAACCUUGGUCGCAGAUUCAGUGAUGUCACAGUUGUCAUUGGAGAAGUGAAAUGCCAGCUGCUGCCCGAGAGAUACAUUGUUUCAGAAGAGAUCAUCUGUGAAACAGCUGCGGUGACCAAGGAGUUUUCUGAUGUGGUGACAGUGAAAGCCCCAGCAGAAGGCAAGUCAAGAGAGAAGUUUUCCUAUGUGAUUCCAACUGUGCAAUCAAUUAAGCCUGACUUUGGGCCAAAAGCAGGAGGAACAAAAGUAGUCAUCGGUGGCACAUAUUUGGACGUGGGCUCAAAAACAAAGGUUCUGGUGAAUGGCUCUAAAGAGUGCACUAUCCUGGAGCAGGCACAAUCAACAAUCAGCUGCAUCAUGCCAGAGGUGCAGUUUUCAAAGGCAGAUGUGUAUGUGUGUGUACAGUUUGAAAAUAACACAUGCAUCAAAAGCAAUGGAACCGUAUACAGAUAUAUGAAGAAUCCAGUUAUAUCUGACAUCACACCAAAAACCAGCCACCUUAGUGGUGGAAGGACCAUCACCGUGCAUGGCCAGGAUUUGCUCCUGAUACAGGACCUGUCUAUGAAGGUGGCCAGCUCUGGCCAAGAACAAGUGACUUGCGCCAUCCAGAGCAACACAAUUGCCCUGUGCCCAUCCCCAGCGGUUACCCAGGCAUCAGAAGAACACAACCCUGCCGUGGUGGAAUUUUACAUCAAUAGCAAGCUCUACACUGGGGAUGGCAGCACCUCGCACAGUUUCCUGGAUGAUGAAGACAUUGCUCAGUCAGGCAAAUUCAACCUGGAGUAUUUCGAAGACCCUCAGUUUUACACAGCUAACAAGGAAAAGUGGAUCAAGCAUCAUGAGGGAGAACCCCUGACCUUGGUUAUCAUGAAAGGGACAAAUAAUCUGAAUUUUCAAGUCGAAGAGUACAAAGUCAUGAUUGGCUCCAUCCCCUGUGAAAUUAGCUUCAUCAGUGAGAAGAGCUUCCACUGCACCAUCAAUGGAUCCCUCAGCUCAACAGAACGUGAACUGCCAGUCAUUGUGCAGGUUGGAAAGUUGAAACAGACGAUUGCGACGGUACACCUUGGUGGUAUAGAGACAGCAAUCGUCAUCUCCAUCGUAGUGUGCGGUGUGCUUCUGCUAGCAUGCUCAGUAGCUUUGGCAGUGUUUUGCACGAAAAGCCGCAGAGCAGAACGCUACUGGCAGAAAACAUUACUUCAGAUGGAGGAGAUGGAAUCUCAAAUUCGUGAGGAAAUUCGCAAAGGUUUUGCAGAGCUGCAGACAGACAUGACGGAUCUCACCAAAGAGCUAAAUCGCAGUCAGGGAAUCCCUUUCCUGGAGUACAAGCAUUUUGUUACCCGCACAUUCUUCCCCAAGAUGUGCUCCAAUUACGAGAGGAGUUGUGUCCAGCCUAUUCACCAAAACCAGACCCAUGCCAUCAUGACGCCAGAGGAAAGUCACCCCCUUCUGCAGGAAUGGAAGUCUUGUAAUCAAGUCAAGCCCAACAUGGAAGAAGGAAUUACGUUAUUCUCCACACUGUUGAACAACAAACACUUUCUUAUUACGUUUGUCCAUGCUCUGGAACAACAAAAGGACUUUGCUGUCCGGGACAGGUGUAAUCUUGCAUCUUUGCUGACCAUUGCUCUUCAUGGGAAGCUGGAGUAUUUCACCAGUAUUAUGAAAGACUUGCUGAUUGAUCUUAUAGAUGCCUCUGCUUCCAAAAAUCCCAAACUCAUGCUACGGAGGACUGAGUCGGUUGUUGAGAAGAUGCUGACCAACUGGAUGUCUAUCUGCAUGUAUAGCUACCUCAAGGAAACAGUUGGAGAACCUUUUUUUCUGCUAUUGUGUGCCAUAAAGCAACAGAUUAAUAAGGGAUCUAUUGAUGCCAUCACAGGCAAAGCCAGGUAUACCCUCAAUGAGGAAUGGCUUUUGCGAGAAAACAUUGAAGCCAAACCAUUGAAUAUCAAUGUGUCAUUCCAAGGCUGUGGUAUGGAUUCUCUCACAGUGCGGGUCAUGAAUACAGACACUGUCUCUCAGGUCAAAGAGAAAAUUUUAGAAGCUUUUUAUAAGAACCUUCCCUUUUCCCAGUGGCCGAGGGUGGAAGACGUAGACUUAGAAUGGUUUGCUUCUAGCAAUGAUAGCCGUAUUCUUCGUGACCUGGAUGACACCUCAGUAAUGGAAGAUGGGAAAAAGAAACUCAAUGCAGUUUCUCAUUACAAGAUACCUGAUGGUGCCUCACUUGCCAUGAGUCUUAAAGACAAGCGAGAUGAUACCCUCGGACGAGUUAAGGACUUGGACACAGAAAAAUAUUUUCAUUUGGUACUUCCAAAUGAUGAACAAAUGGAGACCAGGAAAUCAUAUCGCCAGAGCCACCGCAAGAAGGUUCUACCAGAAAUAUAUCUGACAAGACUCCUCUCCACAAAGGGAACGCUUCAGAAGUUUCUGGAUGACCUCUUCCAAGCAAUUCUAAGCAUCCCCAAAGACAAACCCCCCUUUGCAGUGAAAUAUUUUUUCGAUUUUCUUGAGGAGCAGGCUGACAAGCGGGGAAUAACUGACCCAGAUACUCUGCACAUCUGGAAAACAAACAGCUUACCUUUACGAUUCUGGGUGAACAUCUUAAAAAAUCCACAAUUUGUCUUUGAUAUUGACAAGACUGAUCACAUGGAUGCUUGCCUCUCUGUCAUAGCUCAGGCUUUCAUAGAUGCGUGCUCUAUCUCGGAUUUGCAGUUGGGCAAGGAUUCGCCCACCAACAAGCUGCUCUAUGCUAAAGAGAUCCCAGAGUACAAGAAAACAGUCCAGCGCUAUUAUCAGCAGAUCCAAGAAAUGACACCUCUGAGCGAACAGGAAAUGAAUGCACAUUUAGCAGAAGAGUCGCGGAAAUACAGAAAUGAGUUUAACACAAAUUUGGCCUUGACUGAAAUUUAUAAUUAUGCCAAGAGAUAUCGGACACAGGUCGUGAGUGCACUGGAUGCCAACCCCACAACCAGGCGCACUCAGCUCCAACACAAGUUCGAACAAGUGAUUGCACUGGUGGAGGACAACAUUUACGAAUGCAGCAGUGAAGCCUGAAGACAAUGACUUUGCAUUACCUACUUUUGUAAUUCUGUAAAAAGAAAACAUACGGAUGGAUGUGAUGCCAAAUGUGUGCAUUCAGUGAACACACACAUACAAAAAAUAAACUUGACAGACUUAACAGACUAGAUCUUCAUUUCUUCAAGCAAGAGAUGGGUUGUGUUGCUGUGGCACACUGUGUGAAGUCAAGAAGGGAGUAGAGACUUGCCAUCUUUAAUAAACGAGACCGAUUUCUGAAGGGGUCUGUUGGGUUGAGGAAACUGAUCUUUAUUGGGGCUCCAUUCAGAUCAACUUCAACAGACUGUCUCCCACCUCAACGAGACCAAUCACCAAAGAUGUCACCUGUCAGAUCAAAGAUGUGUCACUGCAGUGGCAAUUGGCAGCAGGUGAUUCUAAAUCGUUUGGCAUCGGCAAGACAAACUUCCAGUCAAGGCCUCAUAACUUUAAUCAUUACGUUACAUUCACUACAGCAAUGCCUUCACCCAGCAUAAUCAGAAAAAGGAAACUCUGUGUCAACUGAGUCUUUAAGAAGACUCCUCUCAGAUGAAUAAUGGAGAAAUGGAGAUUCUUUAAAUCAACAUGACACGCCUGUAAUGGGAUACUCUUGGAUCUAAAAUAGAGACCUCCAAAGGACGCGUCUAUAGGAUGAAGAAGGCACAUCUUUGGUGGGGACCACAUCUGCAUAAUCACUGAAACAAAAGUCCUGUAGAUAUUGCUGUGUCGGUCCAAUAUGACAUACCUGCAAAGAGGAUUCCUGCCAUCAACAGAACAUUUUCUACUGAGGAGAUUUAAUUUUGAAUUAUAGAAAAGGAUUUCUCAGAUUGGGCCAAGUCACUAGCAUUGGAGCUGACAGGCUUCCUGAGGAAUGGAGCACAGAAUUCUCACUAAUGACAAAUCCCCUGUGGAGACGGCUCCACCAAUGUGAAUGAUAAAAUUGCUAGUGGCAAUCUGUUGUUGUGGAUGGAUCCUUGAAACAGAUCACCAAAGAGGAGCCAUUAGAUUAAUAUCUAAAUCCUAUUUCUAGAAUCAAAAAGAAAAUCUUCUGAUAUGGAGCCCACCCUACCACUUCAGUGUUUUCGUUUGAACAUGAGGCAUCUGAAUUGGGAAUUUCCUUCUCUGGCUGCACUGGAUGCUGAACAAAAAAGCUGCUAGCUUCCAGUGGGAUGCAGGCCCAUAUAUCCUUCAGGAAGAGUUCAUUUUACCAUCUACAGUCCUGCUCUAUUCCUGAGCGAUAAUAAAUAAAAAUUCCAAUAAGGCGACUGUGUCUCACAGAGAUGAAACUGGUUGACAACAACUCAUUUAAAACUUUCAAUAUCAAGUGUCCACGUUAGAAUAGUAGAUCUAUAAUAUAAAUCAAUAAAGAGAAAAGUAUUGUGUGAUGAAAGCGUGAUCCAGUACAAUCAGCAUACUGUAAAUAGAGCCAAAGGUGUUUUCCGCUGAGAUGUUAUGGACAUAUGACAUGGUCAUCUACAUGGAGUUCACAUUUUCACGAAACCUUCUGAGCAUCAGAAAAUAAGUCAAGACAAAAUGUGAAAACAGCUGACGUGAGUGAUCAGGCCUUCCUUUAACCCCCCCCCCCCAAAAAAAACCAAGUCCAACAAACUGCUAAACCAGAUAUAUGACAGUUACAUGUUAUUCAUAAUGGCUUUGGAUGGGAUUGUGGUCAUGUUGUCCUUGUGUCUGUCCACUUUGAAAGCUGCCAAUCUGUAUAUAUGGUUGCACAACUAUUGCUCUUUCUCUUGACCCAAAAUCAGAACCUUGCACUUGAAGUCUUUGCCUGAUUCUAAAGGUAAAGAAGGACAAUUAUAAAAGUAGAAGAGGUAGUGAGGGGCAAAUCUGUAGGUUUUGACAAAAUCCUGUUGCCAGACAAAGGAGAGAAAUGAAACUUCUUUAAAAGAUUUUCGAAAAAAGAAGCACAUUUUUCAUUUGGUUCAAGACAUCAAACUGGAAUAUCUGGAAUGUCUUUUCUGGGCAGUCCGUUUAUUAAUUAUAGUUUUUAAGACACCCUCAUGAUUUUAACAAAAGCAUUGAUGCACUGCAUAUGUAACAUAAAUGUUCAUAGAGAUAUUUAUGAAGUGUUCGAUUGGAUUUAACGUUAAUGAUGUCUUUAAUAGUUGUUUCUAUAUAUAUAAAUAUACAAAACAUUUUUUGGGGGGCGGGGGGGGGGGGGGGGAGUUUAUAUAAAGAAUGUGUGUUUUUGUGUGUAAAGCCAAGUUCUUGAAGCCUUAGCAAUAUGCAGAACUGGAAGAAUCAAACAAUACAUUUUGUUCUGUUCCCAAUCUUCAUCAGAUGCUGGCUUUCUGAAUAUGAACAGAUAUGGCCAACUAGAUGCUGGCUAAGUUUGCUUCUGUGGGUUAAUAAAAAGAAGAAACCUUUUUUUUAAAGCACCUAUAAUGUCGGAGCACAACGAUUUGCCAAGAAAAUGGCAAAUUAUUAGUAUAAUAAAAGCCUGAAAAACA